GCGUGAGGUAGGGAAAGGUUAUGGAAGUAGGCACGCACGGUGUAUAAUAAAGGUAGUAGACCGAGCGCGACCGAACGAGUGGGGGAAUCGGCGGGGUGUUCGGGCGAUCUCGGCUAGGCGCCGAAGUCUCACGAAGUGUCCCGAAAGUAAAGCGCGCGACAGACGGUCUUCGCGCGUCGAGCUCACCGGUCGUUCUCGUUCGCACCUCUCGGUUGUCACGAGUCGACGACGUUUACGCGACGACGAUUCCCGAAUACGGAUUAACGUUUCCGGAUUGACGAAGACGCGCUUCUCCGCCGAUAAACCUCUUGUUCGUCCGCGUCGAAUAAAUCACGCCACGAUCGAGUUUCUUGUGUUUAUUCGCGGCUGUUCGCGGAGUUGACGCCUGAAGUUCGCGACUGAGAAAAAAAAAAAAUCAGUUUCCGAGUGUUUCGUUUUGUGAUGUGCACGAAGCCAACUGCCGGCCGCUGCAAGAUGAUGACGACCACCGCCGUCUGGGCCUGUGUCCUCGCCGUGCUGUGUACGACGUUUGUUAAAGCGUCAAGACCGAAUCAGUCGAUAGACAUCGAGCCGAAAAGGGAAACAGCUGUCCGGGUCGGUGAGAGUUUGCAAAUUCUGUGCAAAGCCUCACAAUCGCUUCGUGUUUGCCGUGUGGAAAUACCUGGCGAGGGUAGUAUAGUACUGAACGGAGAAGAACCGGCGGAAGACGGCAUCGAAUAUUACGGCGAAGGUAUCAAGACUGGCCAGUGCGGCGUCCGUAUCGCCAAAGUGAAGGAAGCUCACGACGGCAUCUUCAAAUGCUCUCUGACGACCGUCACCGCUCGGCAAGAGGCAACUGCGUCUCUGAAAAUCAUCGUUGCGAGACCACCCAAUAAUCCGGAUCUUCGCACGAGUACCGGAUCUGUUCAGAGAAACAUCUACAGAAAGGGCGAAAAAUUGGAAAUUAGUUGCAGCGCUCCGUCUGGACGACCAGCAGCAAAUAUCUCGUUGUUCCUCGACGAUGAGCCGAUUGGCAACGAUGAUAGAACCAUCGUCUACGAUUCGAAUAUAGACGAGAAUUCUUUGGCCAUGCAAAACGUUUCACGCAGUUUGGACUGGACCGACAACGGUAAAACAUUACGAUGCGUGGCCAGUCACAUCGCUCUUGACAAACCCAAGGAAACUACUUUGCAACUCGAAGUAUUCUAUCCACCUCAGCCGCAUACAACAUUCGAACAUUUCGGAUACGUGAUUGGCAGACAGGGAAUCAUCAAUGUUACCAUUUAUGCGAAUCCUAGGCCGCGAUUCAUAUGGCGAGUAGAUCAAGAGCAGAUCGAAGAAGGCCGUCCUGACCAAAGCAAUCGAUUGGAAACUUCAACUGCCGUCGACUUGGGAAGAGGAGCCUGGAGCGUAAUUCUGAGGAUCGACAGCGUUCAGAAAUCCGACACGGAGAAGGAGUACGCGUUGAUAGCAACCAACAAUGAAGGAUCGUAUGAAUAUCGUAUGGUUUUGUCGACAUCUUCGGUACCAGCGGGUGUUGAUUUAGAUGCUGGAUCUAUCAUCGGUAUCGUCGUGGGCGUUCUGGUGCUUGUACUCAUUAUUUUCCUCGUAAUCUUUGCACGCGCGACCGGCCGCUGGUGCUUUGCAGCGAGACGUCGCGGCGACGAGGAGACUGCGGGUGACGUCGGCGCCGGAAGCGAGGCGCACAUCACGCCAGGCGACGAGGACGAUGAGGAUCACGAGGACCCGCGUAUCAUCGACGAAAAACUGCCGCAGGGGGGCCAAGAGAAUCCGAUACACGCGAGCACCGAAUACGUGAACGGCCGUACGGACGUCAAAGAAGCCAAGAAGGACGAGAAGACGGACACGCCCGUUUAAAAAAAAGAAAGAAAGAAAGAAAGAAAAAAGAACAAAAAACAGAGAAGAGAAAUUUUCUCUCUUCUCUCGCCUCGCUCUUUUCGUCCCUCUACCCUUUCCUUCGAUACAGGAAAACCGAGCUGUCGCACUUGUUCAUGCCACGUCGGACUCUUUAGUAGUAACGAUCCAAGUUUCUCUCUGUGGUUUCCGUUUUUGUGAGCGCAUGGACGUUUCCCGUUAAAUAUGAUCGAAAGUGAUUAUCGUAAAGUGAGCGCGCGCGCGUGCACGAUAUACACUAUUUAUUUCUCAUUUUCAUUCGUAGUAUAAGGUAAAAUAUUUUAAUCCUCUCGUUUUUUUCAUAUUAUAAUCGCGAACUACGUGUGUACUAAGAGUAUAUAUAAGGGUGUACGUAAACUCUAGAGAAUUAUAUAAAUUUCUGCAAAAAGCAACUUUGUCAUGUAAUUGACUUAUUUGAAUGUGAUUCUCUGAAAUGCCUAGUGUAAUUGUAUAACAAUUGUGGAAUAGAAGAGAAAGAAGGAAUUAAAAGAUAUAUAUAUAUAUAUAUGUAUAUAUAUAUAUAUAUAUAUAUAUAUAUAUAUACAUACACAUAUAUAUAUAUAUAAAAAGAAGAAUAUAUUAUAUAAAAUUAAAAGAGAUAUAAAAUAUGUGUGUACUCCAUUGUAUCACUGUAUUAAUAAUUACUGGGUACUACAUAUAAAAGUAAUUUGAGAACGAGAGGAUUAAAAACAGCAUACAUCACUUAUCUUGAUAAAUCUAAGUUAUUAAAAUCUAGAUAUAUUUAUUCUAGGAGCUAAAAACAGAAAAAUUAUUGAAAUUAUGAAAUUUUUCGUAAUAUGAUAUUAGAUAAUUAUAAAAAUAAUUAAUUUUAAAAUAUCUUCCAUUCACAUAUAACUUAAAUUUUUUAAUAUUUUUUUCAAAGAUUUUUUAUUACAUUUUAUCAAACUUUAUUUUUUUUAAAGAGUUGCUUUAAUGAUUCGUAAAAAUUAUUAAACUAAAUAUUAUUUCAAUUUGUAUCUUAAUUAAAUAAUUUCGAUGAUAAGAGUAUCUAUUAAGGAUGUGAAACUUGCCUUUUAAUAUGUAAAUUUCUUCGUAAUUUACGUCGCGCAUGUUUCGCUAAAUAUGUCACGCUUAACGAACAUUUAAAAAAUAAAGUCGCGAAAGUAUAUUGUAGCGAUCAUAAAAUACGCGCGCGCCGAAUCGAUUGACAGCGAGAGAGUUGUUAUCGAAAUUUCCAGUCUGAGAACGAACUUCUAUUUCAAUUGCGCGUUGCUUUGUCAUUUUCUUUGACGGCACUCAAAUCUUCAUGGCCUUCAAGUACGACCUUAGGUGUUCGCGUCGUGGAAGCUCGAUUCUCGAUCCAUCGAUAUAUUUGACUGUGACGCUCCGAAUCUUUAUCAAUCGGCCAAUGCGAAAAUUGUUCAGUAGAUCUGGUUCUUUCUUGAUAUGCAUGUAUAAAUAGAAUAUUAAAUCGCAAAAAGCUUAUUAAAGCCGAAGUUAUACAAUUAGGAGAAUUGAUUUAUUAUGCUGAAUUUUCUAUAUGUUUACGUAUUUUUGUAUUAUUUUAAUUUUAUUCGCUUUAGAAUUCGAUUAGAAUUUUCUAAGAACUAUAUUAAUACAAUUAUUAUUCUGAUGACAGUACUAAUUGUAUAUUUUUAAAAUACUCGAUAUUUACAUUACUUUUUUUAAGAAAGACAAUGAUCUGAUAUAAGGAUAUUAAUUCUUUUUACGGAUCUGUACCGAUGUAUCGAAAUCUGAAAUGAUGAUCGGGAGGAUUUCACCGUGAUUUACUCGCCAUUGGACGCAUGUGGUUUCUAUGCCGAAUUUUAGCGAUGAUUAUAAAGUAGUUAUGACAAAUUUUGCGGGGGACGUACCCGAAGAGACGAUAGGCAUCCUCACGAUAACCCGGACAAAUCAAAUUGUGCAGCCGAAACUUUUUAUUAAAAACACACACAUAUACAUACCCACCUACGAGAAGAUGCGCGACGAGACUUUACUCAUGUACGCGCUUAUGUUUCUUGAAAGUUGCAUAUAUUCGUUACGUGUGAGAAAUAGCGCGUGCGUAUUACCAAGGUAAGAAAACACAUUCCAUAAAAUAUUUCCCUUUAACACGCUAGAAAUGUUUUUGUAAACGUGAAUCAUUAUAAAAGAUGUCUAUUACACUGUGAUCGUACAUCUUUUUUGUUCUUUAUGAGAUAUAAAAUAGCGCGUUUCCAGCUGUUGGUUUUCGAGAAUAGCCAAACUUCGAUGAAAGUUUUUGUAUCCGAAUACAUUUACUGCGCGAUACGCACUCUCGUUUUAACCACACGAAAUUUCUACUAUAUGUCACGCAAUGAAAAGCUUUAGAUUUUAAUGUAUUCUCUAGAUACAAAACGAGCGUACAAGCGAACGAUAGAAACGAUCGCCAGGUAUAUUGAAAGAAAAAAUUUUUAUGAAAUUUCGAAAUCGAAAGUGCGAUCGUGUCUUUAAUAUUAUUAGGCAGGACUAUUAUUAUCCCAUGCCAUUUGUACUGUAACAUUUUUACGAAUACUAUAACAUUCCAACGCGUGUUUUACUUAAAUGCAUUUUAAUAAAGGAAGAUCUUUUUAUAAGUUAUAUAUACACAUAGUACAAUAAGACCAUUGCGUAAACAUACGGAAUGUUGCGUAAAUUUUGAAACACGGAUUGCAAAAAGUUACUUUUUUAUUUUUCUGUAUUUAAGAAAUACAUACUUAGAAUCUAUCAACUUUUUUCAAGAUAUAUCAAAAUUGUUAUUUUGAAACAUUCGUUCAAAAUUUUAUUUUGAUUAAGCAGUCGAAAAAUAUUUGAUUUAAUUUCAUUUUUUUGUUUUCCCGUGAGUUAUUCAAUUUAUGAAACAUCCUGUAUAUAAUUAAAGCGAUUAAACGUCUGCGACGAUGUUUUAUCUGUAUUGAAUACACGAUUUUAUAAGAUAUGUAUCCACUUAGAGAGAAUCUCAUUUAUGGAAAAAAAAAAAUAUAUAUAUAUAUAUAUAUAUAUAUAUAUAUCAAUUAUUGCGUUUUAUAAAAGAACGAUUUUAUAUAUGAAUUUUAGUGUAAUAUGCAUUCGCACUUGACCGUGAAUUGCACGAUUGAAUCAAGUAUAUUCGUCGAAUCGAGAUUUGAUAUAUUCUUAUGAUAUUAAAUAAAUUAUACUAUACGUCAUUAGACAGUAUUGUAUGUCAAUCGACAGAAUUUGUUCAUCAUACUUUUUCAUUCUAAAUGUUUUUUUAUUAUAUAUGUAUAUGACUAUUUAUAUUAUAAGAGCGACACUUGCGAUUAUAUAUGCAAUUUUUAUACAAAAAAAAACACAUUUCAAUUUUAGUACAUUAAAUCUAUUUUUUUUUCAACGACACGCUAUUUAUUGAAUGGCGAAUAUAAUUAAUAUGUUGAGCAUAUAAGGGCAACUGAAUCAUAUCUAAGGAAUGAUACGAGUUUAUAAGUACAAUUUUAAAAAUCAAAUUUUAAAAUUUUUGUUAUUAUCAAAAAUGCAAAAGAUAUUUCAUAGCGUGGAUCAUUUUCAUUGUAUAAAAUUUGCGCUGUAUACAAUACAUUAAAUAUAUUUCGCACCCAACACAUUCCUUACAGAAUUAUUGAAAGACUUGCAUCAAGUAUUUUAAAAUGAUAAUUUUUCGAUAGAUUUUUAAUCAGCGUUUUUUUGCAAAAAUUUAGAUUAUUGUGCAAUUAUCCAUAGUUUGGCAUAUUUUUUAAAGAAUUCUGAUAGAUUAAGAUCUUAAAAUUUAAAUUGCCAAAAUCUUAUUUUUUAAUUAAUUUUAAAUCGAUUUUAUGUAAUGGAGUUUUAUUCUUGAAAUCUUUCUUAUUUAUUAAGAAAUGUUAUGUACUAGUUAAAACAACACUUUUAUGUAGUUUGAUGCAGAUCUUACAUAGAAACAUUCUAUAGUCAUUUACUCAUACCGGAUUUACCUUUUACAGCACAUAUUAAUAAUAUUGUGAAUGAAGACUCAUUGAAAAUCAACCUCGUAAAUUCUUAUCGUUGCCUUUGACAAUAAGUGUUGUUUGUACUUUUUGUACACAGAUGAAUUUUUCUUAACUGAUUUUCACAAAAAUAAUUCUAAAAUACUUGCUUCAUGCGCGCACAUUAUUCACACACACACACACACACACACACACACACAUAUAUACAACAAAUUUGAACGUAGGUCUCGUCGGCAUCGCGUAAAAAUCGGAUAAGAACCAAAGGAUGGAUGUAUGUACAAUUCAUCGACGAUACGUUACCGAAUUCGGCACGUACGAUCCUUUACUGUUUUUCUGGACACAUUCGUGUUUUUGUUUACAAGAAAAGGGCCAUGCUGAGACCGACGAGAUCAUCGAGGUUUUUGUCGAAAAGUAGGGGAAGCGGACGUGAAGUGAUUAAGUAUUAAGCAAAAUAUGAUAAAAAAAUCAAUCGCAAUCCGAGCGAAUUUCAAUGAAGGAGAACGCCGAUGCAACUCGUCGGUCAACGGUCGAAUCUCUGCUGCGUGUUGUACAUAUUAAAUAUAUAUAUAUAUAAAUAUAAAGAUAUAUAUAUAAAUAUAUAAAUAUAUAUAAAACGAGAUCGCGAAGAAAACAGUAUAACCAGAUAUAUAUUCUGCGUCGAGAGCACUUGCAAGUGUUCGUGAAUGUUGAUUGAGUGAGUGACUCACUUAUUCGCUUGCACUCCAAUUGCUGAAUCGACCAAUCGUUAUUCCUGAAUUUUUUUUAGGUUGAAAGAUAUUAUCGAGUGGAGAGAAAAUAUGUGAAGUUUACUUAAAGCAAGUUGAUAAAACUUUGAUAAAUGGAUGAAAAAAAAAAAAUAAUGAAGUGUGCGAUAAAGGCGUGUAAUAAAAAAGCGCAAUUAAAUAUCUAAGUAUUUUAGAAAUUAGAACAAUCAAUGCCAUCUUUUUAUAUGUUGUUACAGCUUACAUAUUCAAACACGGACAAUCUUUUUUUUUAAGAUUCAUAAAAUUAGAUGUAAAAAUUUCUUCCGUUAUUUUGCCAACUCUCUUUCUAGAAUUAUCGGAAGCAAAAAGAAAAAAUGUCAUGUAUAAAAGGACUGAUAUCGAUUGUUCUAUUUUCGAGAUAUACGCUGAUAUAAGCGUGGCUAAAAAAUUGCCAAUUGAAAACUCUAAUUGUGAAGCUGGCACGUUGUUUGCGCUGUCACAGAGAGACCAUCUCGCAUUUUCAAUCCGAAUAUCGAACAUCUAUUAGUAUACAUAAUAUAUAUAGAAAGAGUAUAUAUACAUAUAUAUGUGUGUGUGUUUAAUUUAUAUAUACAUUAUAUAUGUAUAAUAUAUAUCAUGCUAAUAAAUAUUAUGUGUACUAUAUGCCAGAGUAUGUUAAUAUAUGUAAUAGAGAGAGCCUAACACAGGGAAAAGGGGAAAUCGCGCGUUUACCUAAAGAAAAGAAAAAAAGAAAAUAUGCGGUAUCCUCUGCAUAUUCUUGCACAUCGCGAUUUUAUUGUAGCGAGUGCGAGAGCAGCAUUAAGGCGAUCCGAAUUUUUUAUAUACAUAAGAAAUAAUAUAUGUAUAUAUAUAUAUAUAUAUAUAUAUAUAUACAUAUAUACAUAUAUGUGUUACAUAUAUAUACAUAUAUAUAUGAUCACAUCUGAUUUUUAAAUGUUUCACAAUAUUCUAUGAGAGAGAUUACCGUUUCUGAAAGAAAACGACACAAAGAGAGAACUGACUAAAAUGCAUAAACGUUUCAAUUUUCUGUCUUACAAUUAGACUAGGUAUAUACAUGAGAUUCUCGCAGAGCUAUUCUCGGAAAGUAAAAUGUACGAUUAAACGACCAUCAAGAUUCGCUUUUGAAUAUUUAUCGGAGAUAUUUACUAACCGAAAAUUACUCUUAGCAGAUAAAAUUAUCAUAAGCAUAUAGUAACAGCAAAUACAAUCGGAAAAUAAUAUCGGAUUUUAAAUUGACACUUAAUAUGUUUUAAAAGUGAUGCAAUAUAGAAUUCUACGGAUAAAUUGCUUAUCGUUUCUAUUGUUUCCAUCGUUUUUAAAAAUUUUUUUCGAGUCUCAAAAGAAAAUAAUAGCCAAAAUUAUUAAUGGAACAUUUACCAUAUUUCUUGUAUAGAUCAGAAAGUAUUUAUUUCGUUAAUUUCGUUGAGAUUUUUUUCUGCAAUUUUAGUUCAUCAAUUUUAAAAGUAACCGCUGUUAUUAUACUUAAAGCCAUUGUAAUACUAAAUAUUUCAAUUUAUCUUACGAGACUAAGCUGAUUCGAAUAAGUCCAGAGAUAUAUAGCAAGAACAACGUUAAAGAUCACUGCCAAAAUAUAAAUUGAUACAUAGGAUUUUUUUCGGUCUUAUUUACAAAAUGCCAUAAGAGAAUACCAUGUACAUCCUUUAUCUUAAUCUGUAAGUUAUACUACUAACGUCUUUCUAUUUAAUAAGAGAAAAGACGAUUACCGUAAGAGAUCUGCGCUUUCUUAAAUAAUAUCGGUGUUUACAAAGUACGUGACAAGUAUCGUCGUAAACUGCAAUUUAUAUUGAUUUAUUUUAUUGCGCUGUUUAUAUGAAUUAUUACAGUCGAGCGAGAUCAUUAAACACGAUUCCUCGUUGUCACCUAUUACAAGAUUUAAAAAAAAAAAGAGACAAAAAAUUAGAUAUAUACGGAUGCAUUUACGUACAAAACCUGCCUAUAUCUAUACAUUUUAAUACAUGUUUAUUGAUAUUGAUGCAGCUAUUACGUAAUUGAUUUUUAUAUAAUUAGUUAAUUGUAAUGUAAUUAUACUUGUAACGUUUAUGACUUAAAAUCUCGAUGAUCAUGCUGCGAGGAUAUUAUAUAUAUAUAUAUAUAUAUAUAUAUAUAUAUAUAUAUAUAUAUAUAAAUACAUGGACGUGUGAAAAUAUACAGAUGUGUACGCACGUUCGAUCGCAUUAUCGUUAUUCCCGUAUCAAUUAAAGAUUGAAUGAACAUUUGUAAAACUCGUAAUAUAUUAACGAAAAGAUAACAUACGUUAUUAAGGAGCAUGAUCGUUGGCCAUAUACAAUGGGGUAUAUUAUAUAUAUAUAUUAUAUAUGAUAUAGAUAUAUUUAUGUUAAUAUAAGUCUCUAUAGAAUAAGAUAAUGAUGCAAUGGCGGUGUCGAUUCACCGGAUCACGAGAUAUAUAUUAUAAAUACCUGCAAUUGGUGUUUUCUCUCUCUCUCUUUUUCUCUCCCUUUAAAACAUUUUUAGAAACCACUUAAGUACUGCGUGAAAAAUCGCGGUUAAGUUACCGAAAAAUUGCACUUGCGCGAUAUCAUUAUCUCGCCAUUUUCGAUUGAGGGCCCAAUCAAAACGGCGCCGUUGGCGAUCAAUUAAUACACUCCGGAGAUCGCUAAACAUCUAAAUUAAGAAAGCAUAAAAAAACGACGCUAUAUAUGACCGCGAUUAAAGUGAAACAGCCACGCCGCAAGCGCGCGAAAACGCGAUGACAUUUUGUAUCUCUACUUGUAGAUACAAUGCGAUAGGCGAAAAAUAAAUUUAAGAAUUCAAAUAAAAUUAAUAUAUAGAGAGCUGUAUGUAUAAUUAAUUAUAAGUUCAUUCGUCGCUAUGAUAUUAUACUUAGGUAUCGUAUGAUUUUUGAAAUAAAACAUUUGUUUUAAAUAUACAGAUAAA